AUGAAGAAGAAAGAAGCGGCUGGUUCUGACGGCGGCGCAGGUAGAAGUGAGAACAGAACUCUGGCCAAUCAGCUGUCCAGAUAUUCCUCCGCUCUGCGCGGCCCCGAGGCUGAUGAGCUCAUUAGGCGCAGCUGUGUGCGCGCUCCCGACACCCUGAGUGCACGGAGAGGAGACGGCUGGAUGCGCGCGAUGCCCGUCAUCACAGCUGAACUCCCCAGAGCUCUGGGGUUCCUCGGUUCGGCCACCAGGUUCCCCGGUUCGUUUGAGCUUCAGGUGGACGACUGUCUGCUCCGUGGAGACUCGUCUCUACUCGUUUCUCUGCUUCACUAUGAAGGACUGACCAGCUCCACCCUCACCAGGCUGCACCUCCUGGUUACCAAGGAGCUGCGCAGCAGGGCGUUCUGCAGGGUUCUGGUCGUGUUGAAAUCUGUAUCGAUUCUGUCGGAGAACAAGGAAGACCUGGAGACUCUGGUCAACCUCGGCCUGACUGCUAAGGUGAUGCUAUGGUUCGAAGCUGUUCACGACUUGCUGACCUCCGACCUCCAAGAAGGCUCCACCACCCUGAUGGCCCUCACAGAGGAGUUCUUUGACUACUUCCUGCUCCUGGCCCAGGCGUCUCCUCCAGCUGCCCAGCUGUCCGUGCUGCUGCUUCACCUGGCUCACCUGGCUCUGGAGGCCGGAGUUCACUUCCCUCUGCGACUGGAGGCCAUCAGAACCUUCAACAGCAUCCUGGAGUCCCUGAGCAGGCAGCAGAGGAGGCUGAUCCAGAACGACCAGAACCAGAACCUGACUCAGCUGGCAGCUGCUGUUGUGACGGUUGGAGACUACGAGUUUCAGGUCAGCCUCUUGGAGGCGCUGUGUCGCCUUACGCCGCGCAGAGAGCGUGAGCAGAGAGCCAAUCAGUGGUUCGACAGCAGUGACAUCAGAUCCACCUUCUGUGACAUCAGAGAUGCCGACUUUGAGGUGGACUGCAGACGCUUCCUGAACUUUGUUAACUGUUGCCAUGGAGACCAGAGGAGAGUGUACAGCUUCCCCUGCCUGAGGGCCUUCCUCAGCUCCACACAGUUGUUCCGACCCAAAGAUGAAAAAUUGGACAAGUUCUGGAUCGAUUUCAACGUGGGUUCGGGAUGUGUGAGCUUUUUCAUCGAUGACUGUCAGGGUUUUCUCUGGGGGUCCAUCCACCUGCAGAUGGAGGACGUGGAUUAUUACAGUCUGAAGUUCAAACAAAACGAGACGGUCCUCUGUGUCAGGCUGACCAAUCCCAUCAUGCACUUGAACACCAGAAGUUACGUGGUGGAGCUGACCUUUGACCCUGAACACCAGCAAGAGCUGGAGGAGGCCGCAGGGAGAGUCUUCAAUAAACAGGCGAGUCCAUCCGGCGCCGGAGGAGCGGUCCAGACCUCGCCCUCUGCAGACACGCACACGGCUCGGUCCUACAGCCGCAAGAAGCCGCCAAGCAAGAGUCAGCUGAAGAUUCUACCGCUGUCGUCUCCAAGCAGCGAGGACGAGUCCACCUCACUGAAGCCUAUGGCUUCAAACCAAGCCGAAGUUCUGUUUGACCAGAUCGUUCACUCCACUCCUAAGUUCAGCAGUCAGUCAGAGCAACCCGGCGCUGAGCGGGGCUGGUCUUCUGGUCCAUCAGAGAGAAUCUCUCCAGUUUCUGGUUCAGCUGCUUUCCAGCCACCGUUGGAUCUGCCUGAUGGAGCCGACGAUUCAGAAGUUCACCUGUCGAACCUGGAAGAACCCCCAUCAGGUGACCUGCAGGGGGCGGAGCUUCAGACGACGCAGCACCUGACAGAGGGACUUGAAGAAGGAAGCAGCUCUCCCUCUAACAAGGAAAACCUGAGGAAAAGAGAAGCUGCAGAUUCAGGCUACCUGUCAGACCAGGCCGAGGGCGUCACCCCCUCCAAGAGGAAGGCGGAGCCUCUGCAGGACUGGGCGGAGUCUGAGUUGCCAAUGAAAGAGGGGGCGGAGCUAGCAGUGGAGGAGGAUCUUCAGAGUGAGGGGGCGAAGCAGAAGGCGGAGCCAGAGUCACACCUGACAUCUGACAUCACUGCUGCGUUCAAGUCCUUCAAAGCCCAGCUGGAGCAGCGCUUCACCGGCUGCUGGCAGGAGGUCCAAGCUGAGGUUCUCGGGUCCCUGAGGGACUGUCAGCAGCACGUGUCCUCACUGCUCACGGCUGUCCACCAGCACAGGUUGUCAUUGCUGCAGCGGUUUGAAAGCAGUGUAACGGAUCAUCUGAAGCAGCUGGAGGAGAACUCCAUCAGUCUGAACUCCAUGGACUCUGAGAUUCUGACGUUCUUCCACUCUGAGAUGGAGCAGCUCAGUUCGUUCUGUCAAGAACAUCUAAAGAAGUUGAAGAAUCUCGACUCCGACCAGCUGAGGACGAAACAUUCAACCAACCGCUGAAGAAGUCGCCAUCGACGGGAGGAGCAGGAGGAGGAGGAGC